CGUUUUAACAUAGCCCUCUCUCACCAUCUUACACAUCCUACUGAAACAUCAUCGCGCAAGGUCACAGCUGGCCUCCCCGGAGCCCUUUUCUUGUGUUUGGAACUUACUAGUGUCGCAAAGUCAAUUUCGGUCGAUAUGUCAUCAUCUGCUCAAGGGCUUUACUCACUGGCCACUCUCAUCAAGCGGCUUGAAGCAAUCACAUCGCGUCUCGAAGACGUAGAAGAUUCCAGGAGUGCAGGACAUCUCAAACGACAAAGUACCAGCACUGUUACUAGCGCAGCUGUUGCUGAAACUCCAUCAGCUUCGGCACCCCCGCCGCCGCCGCCUCCACCACCACCACCACCCGCAAUUGCGGUGCCAGCAGAAUUGCCACGUGCAGUCACCGCAUAUGAUGAGAUUGUUAUAGAGGGCAAACUUAAACCCUUCCUGGAGAUCAAUAAAGCCAUCGCGCCCCCUCCAGUAAACGAGCAGGUUGAUUUAUUCACCAAAGUACUUGCUACCCUGCGAUCGGUGAUUCUCCAGGCCGCAGCAUGCAGAAAGCCCGAUAAAACGGCGUUCGAUGAAAUCCUGUUGCCACUCCAAGCAGGCAUCGAAGCCGUAACUCGCGCUAAAGAUGCUGCGAGAAAGGAGCGGGACUGGUUCAAUCACCUCACUGUUAUCGCAGAUGGGAUUGUUUUCGUUGGAUGGGUCACAGUGGAACCAAAACCGGGACCAUACGUCAAUGAGAUAAAGGAAAGUACCACGUACUAUGCAAACAGGAUACUCAAGGAUUUUAAAGAAAAGGACCCAAGGCACGCGGAGUGGGUUCGGGCAUUCAAUGGAAUUCUUGACGGGAUGAAGCGCUAUGUUAUGGAGUUCCAUACCACUGGUCUUGUUUGGAAUGCCAGCGGCAUCCCGGUCUCAGAGUACAAAGCGUCCCGUUCACAGCCAGUCAGUGGUCCUCCUCCGCCGCCGCCGCCACCACCUCCAGCUGGAUCAGCAUCCUCCCCGACAGUACCUGCUGGUGGAGUUGCUGCUGUAUUUGCGGACUUGAACCGUGGCGCAGACGUAACGAAGGGACUACGUAAAGUCGACAAAAGCGAGAUGACACACAAGAACCCUGCCCUGCGAGCUGGAAACGUAGUCCCUGCAAGUGGCGGCGCGGCUGCUAAGAAACCUGCUAAACCAACUAAACCUCAGGCUUUGAUGGGCAAAAAGCCUGCCAAAUUCGCAUUGGAGGGCAAUAAAUGGGUCAUUGAAUAUCAAGAAAACGAAUCCGCGUUAGAGGUUGCAAAUGCGGAUAUUACCCAAGUAAUCAAUCUCUUUGCUUGCAAGAACACGACUGUCAUUAUCAAGGGGAAGGUCAACGCCGUCACCUUGGUCAAUUGCACGAAGACCUCCGUGCUAGUUGAAUCUGUGGUUUCCUCUGUCUCCAUCAUGAAGUCUCCAUCAUUUGCCCUGCAAAUUACAGGAGUGGCACCUACUAUCCAGAUUGACUCAACGGACUCGGGGCAGAUUUACCUCUCGAAGCAGUGUCUUGGUGUUGAAAUUACUACAGCAAAAUGCAGCGCGAUCAAUGUCAGCUUGCCAGUCGAAGGGGAGGAAGAUGGUGUCUUUGAAGAGCAGGCCAUGCCCGAGAUGCUGAAGACAGUGGUGCAGAGCGGCAAAUUGGUCACAACAAUUGUGGAACACGCCGGCUAACCAACUCCUAGACAGAUUACCCAUAUCUCUACGUACCUAGUUAUGUGCAAUUACAAUUAAUUUCGGGGACUACUUUGUUUAGGGUAUACAUGUACAUUUUACAGGAUCCGUGUUUCAGAACGUUGAACAGUAUUAGUGAACGUGG